UUAUAUUAAUUUACAAAGACAAACCAGUGCCACUGGUAUUGGCGGAGGGUGAUUAUCUUGUCGUUCGUGUCGGCUCUUUCUCCUCGUCACGGCACAUAGGCUAUUAAAAGCUCAGUCGGUACUGAUGGGGUUGUCUCUUACAGUAAGGGGUAAGAAUGUGAGGGAUAGCUGUAGAAAGUCAUGUCGUGAUAUGGGAUUACAAAACUCCCCCCAUUAAGUCCUUUAUUGGUUUUGGUUGUGCACUUGUCAUUAGAGGCAAACUAAUCGCACCCGUGGGAGCGGGGGUAUGCAAGCUAUUGUUCACAAUAUAAUGGCUGUCCCAUGAGAGGAGGCUGCGGAAAACUCACUUCAGAAAGAGGAAGUUCGUGUCUGACUCCUGACACUAAGUGAAACUCGGGUAGCCUAAAUCGAGACUCCUGAACACUGCAGUGGUUUUCAACGUGGGCGACACCGCGCUGAUAAAUGGAGAUGUAGAAUGGGAGCCGGCGGCUGAUCCGUGAAUAGCCUAAACCAGCUGCAUGGAGGAAGAGGGCUGCUGCUACUGCGGAGGGGAGGCAGGACUACACCGGCCAAACGCUUUUCAAUUUCUCCGCCAGACAGAGACACGACCACGGCGAACGGCUCAGUUUUUCGUUGUGGCGCUCCUUCUACUGAUUUCUGUGGCUCUGGCUUUGCUGAUAGUGAUCACGGUGGUGCUCGGAGGGCGAGAUCAUCAGUCACCAGACAGCCAGCUGUUGAUGCAAUCUGAGAGGCUUUCAUCAGGUGACAGACAGCAGCAACCCAAAGACUUCAAGAAUCCAAGUGCAAUGCUAACAGCUCCUAAAGGCAACAACACUGUUGGGGAAUAUCUUGCAUGGGAGAGUGAAGAAGGGAAUGCCUUCUGUCAUGGAGGGUUCAGCUACUCCAGCGGGAACCUCGUUGUGCCCAGGAAGGGCAUCUACAGAGUCUUCUUGCAGAUCACCUAUGAGGGCACGGGUUUGAGUGAUGAGCUGAGACUCAGCAACACAGUGUUUGUUAUCGGGGAUAAUUACAAAAACAAUGUGCCACUCCUGUCAUCAGUCGAGACAGUGAGUUGCAGCAUGAAGCAGUGGAGGAAAUCCCUCUAUACAGCCGGCUUGUUCUCCCUGGAGGCUAACAGCAGACUACGCGUGACAUCAUUGUACCCUGAACUUAUUGUUCUUGAGAAAGAAUCCCAGGUGUUUUUUGGUGCCGAACUUGUGUUUUAGUAAUCCGGUCAGAAUUACCUCAGUCUGAUCUUGAAGUUGUUUGCACCUUCAACUCCUUAGGAACAUAAGGGAAAAUACCAGUGUAGCUUUAUGAUUUCUUUUACUAUUACUGUUCAUGAGAACCCACUGAUGACUCUGCAGCAGCAAGAAGCUACCAGUAUCUGCUUCGCUGUAGCCUGUUUGCUUUACCUUAUUGAAGCUAGUGGCUGCCUUAUUUUUAACUCAUUAAUAUCAGCUUACAGAGACAUACAGUAACGAUGGCUUAACAAUGCCUCAACACUGUUCUAUAGAGCAGAUACAUUUUCUGAACAGCAUCCUUAACAUUUGUAACUGCACAUGCUUUUGGCAAAAUAGGCACUGUCAGCUGUACUGAAUAUAUCCUAUCCACUUAAGCCAAUGUUGGGGGUCACGGGGGGGCUGGAGCCUAUCCCAGUUGAAAUUGGGCAAGAGGGGGGAUACGCCCUUGGCAGGUCACCAGACUAUCAUAGGGCUGACACAUAGAGACAGACAACUAUUCAAGCUUAUAUUUACACCUAGAGGCAAUUUAGAGCCACCAAUUAACCUGCAUGUCUUUGUACUGUGGGAGGAAGCCAGAGAACCUGGAGAAAACCCACGGGGAGAACAUGCAAAGUCCGCACAGAAGGGCUCCCCCAACUCCCCCCACCCUGGGUCCUAACUGUACCACCAUGCUGCCACUACUACCAACCAGACUGAGCUAAAUGUGAGGCUUCAACAAUAGUGUUGAACAAAAAGGGAUUGUUCAUGUAAACAGUACAGUAUUCAUCAUCUACCUACAAAGAGGAAUAGAUUGCCACCCUUACUGUACAACGUUAAUACUGUAGUGUCAGGUUUUAAAAAAUAUAAUACACUGUUUCGUAUUUUUGCACACACCCUACUUUAAUGCAUACACUACAUUUUCACAUGCUUGGAAUGACAUAAAAAUGAUAAGAGAUAUAUAAUCAGAACGUGCCUAAGAGAAUGAUGGCUACAAUGACAGGUCUGUCAUCAAACUUCAGGGCAAUAUCCCUAUCUGACAUUACUCUCAAUCUUCAUUAGUAAAUUACCUGUCAUUAAAAACAAACUUAGCAACAUAUCUUGAACUAUGUGUUUAGUCAUGUAGGCUGAGAAUGUUUUACUGAUUUUACUGUUAACCUCCUUUCAUAUCAUAUAAAAUGAAUUCCUGAAGUUAUUUAUUUUACAACUAUUUUAUAUAACUAAUAUUAGUGAAGUCUGCUGCUGAAUUUGGGGUCAUGUUUCAGUCAGUAGAGCUCUGAUUUAAUAAGUCAGCAGGUAUAAAAAGGUGUAGACUGUGUUGUUAAGGCAGACGAGUUGAGCAAUAGCUGGGACACAUCAGGUUUAUUCAUUUCACAUGGAGCUAAAAUUAAUACAGAUUUAUGUUGAAUGCUCGCAGAAUGUGUUGGUGUCUGUUUAUGAGUCUUAAGAAAUCAUAAAUAAUCUUUUAGUAGUAGUUGUUCUUCAUCAAUAAAAACAUUCCAGCUUCUCAUAGUUUAGGAUUUUCUGUCUUACAUCACUGUCAGCUGAAUAUCUGAAUAUCUGUGAUUUCAACUGUUGGUCGGACAAAGCAAGCACUUUGAAGACACCACCUUGCAUUAUGAAAAUAUUAAUCAGUCUUUUAAAAGUAUUUUCUGACAUUUUACAGACUAAAAAAAUCCAUUAACCAAAAAAUAACAAACAGACUGAUUUGGUGUUCUGACAUAGAAGAAUUUGAUUUUUUCACAUGGAAUAAGUUAGGGCCCAGAGAUGUCAUGACAGUUUGCUUAUUAGAUGACAAUAUUUCUUGAUUGCAAGUGUACAUUGGUAUUUCUGUAGAUUAAAGGUCAGGGUAUCAUUGAAAGCAUUAGGACUCAAAUUUUGGGGAACAUAAAUUUCCACAAAAAUUUCUGCAGAAUUUUGAAUGUUAGUUUUCAAGAUGAGCAAAGCAUUGAACAAGGGAAUAUGUCUUGGACAAAUAUUUUGCUCUAAAAUGUCAGACAGACUGACAUAUUGAUCAAAAAAGGCCACCAUUGUUAGGCCAGCACCCUUAGGUUUUGCCACACCUUUAAAAAUAACUGGACUGUAGCAAGCAUGGCUGUGUCAUUGUAGGAAGCAUUCCAGGGAACAAAUCCAGGUUCACUUAUUAAAUCAUGUUGCUUUUGGCUUGUGUCCAACACCAACAUGCCAAUAACCACAUAAUCACCUCAGCCCAAUAGGUUGUCAUCCUAAUACUCAGUGCUGUUAGCAGCAGUUGAUUAUUAAAAGGCAAUUAGAAAUUUCAGCUUUUUGUGACAAACCUCAAAUACAUUAUAUUUGCACAUUUCAUCGGAAUCAUAUCAAUGUUUCUGAAAUCCCAUAGUAAAUGAGCUGCCUUUGUCACCAGGAGGUGGAAGGGAUAGGGGAUGGUGCAGGCAAAACACCUGCCAAGCUGCAGACAGCUUAUCCAGACCAUCAAACAAAACCUGUUUUGUCAAUUCUGUUUUUUCAGUUGCUUUAUAUGCAACAAACGUGGAUGUUUCAUAGCAGCUUGUUGCUUUUAUUUCAGCGAGGAUAGUGGCAUGAAAAGCGGUUGUUUUUUACUGAGACAUUGCCGCUAUUCCUGCAGGGAUUGUGCCCUCAAAACCACAGUGGUGGUAAAACUUAAAGUUUCAAUGUAUCCACUACAUAUCAUGCAAAUGUAACAUAUCCAUGGUUUUCAGAAACCCAUAAUGCCAACAUAUUUUCUGGCGACUGGGUUGGCAAGAAAUAUUGACCCCUGUCCCUAAUAUUGACUGUGUAAAUAAGCUACUGUGACAUCAACCAUGAGUUUGUCUGGUUCAUAGUAGGCUGUAAAGAUGUUUAUUUCUGCUGUAAAGUUAGGCAUUUUAAUAUGGGGGUCUAUGGAGAUUUACACUGUUUUUGGCACUUCCUUACUGGCUUGAUUUUUCAGCCUCAGAGGUUGCAGCUUGGUCCUGAUUCAGCCAACCCCCAAUCUUUUUUUUAAGCUAGGGGACAUUUUUUGAAAGGUGUCACUGAAAAUGGUAAACAGUUGGUCAUUCUCUCUUUUUCAACAAGAUUAAAAAUGAGUCAAUAACUGUCAUUUCAAUAAGGAGAUAUCAAUUGGAAACAUGUAAAAAGUCAGCAGCGGUUAAAAACUUUGGCAGUUAGACUCUACUUGUGUGAAGCAUCUUCCUUAAACCUGAAGAUAAGAGAUAGAGAUAAGAGAUAGAGUAAGGAGAUUGUAAUGAUAUUUAAGGAGCAAUGUCCAAGGACAGAUUGGCUUGAGGCACACAAGCAGGGGCUCGAGGAACAUAGAUAUGGUGAGGUAGGGUUUUAUGAAUGAAAGGAAUUUUGACAGCACUUUGUAACACAAGAGUCAAUAGUAUUCCGAGAAGUCAAGUUGUUAGUCAUUUUCGCCAUGUAGAUUUUAUUUGAACAGCUGAAUGUGAUUGGUGCUGUAGGACAUUAGUCACUUACAACAUUAAAGUCAUUUGAAUAAACACUCCAGAUGAAAUGAAAUACCAUACAGGGCUGAAUUAGUCUGUGUUGCAAUACCUAACUCAGCUGGUUUGAUAAGGGAGGCUUGAAGAGUAGUAAACAGUGCAGAGUUACUGGCAGCCCACACCCACACAGUCCAGCUGCCAUGAUCACUUUUCUGGCUAAAUGUAUUUAUGGUUUAUUAUGUAAUAAAGAUGGGAAAAAAUGCAAAACCACUUUCACCACCGCCAAGGACAAACAAAUUAUUCUUAUAUAUAGUCUGGUUCUGCCUUUCCAGUGUCAACAUAUAUAUAUAUAUAUACAGUACAGGCCAAAAGUUUGGACACACCUUCUCAUUCAAUGCGUUUUCUUUAUU